GUUACCACAUGUGUCCUUGAGCUGAAACGACAUAAUGAAUUUGUAAACUACUGUUACUUGAUAAUGUUGUCCACUAGAUAUAAGGAGUCCUCUAAAUCCAUUGGUCAAUUUUCUGUGGAUUCACAUAGACCCAAAAUAACGAAAUCAUGGAGUUUACGGGAUAGUUUUUUUGGUUUGAGACGUGGUCGAGGGUCGAUUUCGGAUACUCAUGAAUGGCAGUAUAUUGCCCCAAAGCUGUAUCAGUUAGAAGAUCAGUUUCAUCAUCCAGCUUCAAAAUGUGAUGUUUGGCGUUCUCUUUGCCCUCAAGAGUUACCUAGUGCAGCUGUUUAUCCUACAAUAUCUGUUCAUAGUUUGUCUAAUAAAGUCUUUGCUUCCUCUACAGGCCCCAAAAAGGGCUUGUUAGCGGUGAAAAAGUGGCAUAGGUCAAAGGACAGCCACAAUGUAUACCAUUCCAACUACUGGAAGACAAUAGAGAAUCGAAAAGCACAUGGGAUAUCUGUUUCUCUAUACGAGAAAAAUAUAUUUACUGGAAAACCAAAUGGUGGUCCCAUUGCUGAUGCAUUUGUUGUACGAGCUCGACAUGAUUCUGCCUAUUUAGCUGUGGCAGAUGGUGUAAAUUGGGGCAACGAAUCAAUGAAAGCUGCUAGAUCGGCAAUUUCAGCUAUUUACACUUAUUUAGAAUCGCAUUUAUUUGGUUGUAUGAAAGAGAAACACAACGUAAAAGACACAAGAGAUGCGGCCCAAUUAUUAUUUGAGGCUUUUUCUUUUGCCCAAGAGGAAAUUGUAUCCGUUACCACUGGUCUUACUACUCUUUGCGUUGCACUGAUUUUACCGGUACUAACAACUACAACCUAUGAAUCACAUGGAUUAACAAAUGAACAAACUUCAGCAUGUGGCAAAGCUCAAUUUUCUGUUAUAAUAGCAAGCGUUGGUGAUUGUCAAGCAUUUCUUUUAAGUAAAUUCCAUGGUAUACGUGAAAUAACCGGUUGGGUAAGAACAUCUGUCUUGUCGUCUGAUAAUUUAUCAACACAAUCAAAUGAACAAAACAAAUUGGAGAAAAUACUUGGACCACCUGUACGGGAUUUUCGAGAUACUGGUGGUGCAUUGGGUGCUGUGUAUAAAAAUGGCAAUCCAGAAUUAAACAAUCUUAUAUGUGCUGUAACACUUUGUGAUCCAGGUGAUAUAGUUCUACUUGGAUCAGAUGGACUAAUCGAUAAUUUCGAUCCAGUUAUUACACAACUAGCUGUUCCUGAAUCACCGCAUUUAGAUUUUGUUGAUGAAGAAAAUGAACACGAAGGACAAGAAGGUGAUGAAGAGGAAAGCUCAUCCAUUGAUGAUAUAGGUAUUCAUGAAGUAAACAAUAACAACAAAAAUUCUGUCAAAAGUACUUCAUCUUUAUCUUCUGAUUCUUUAAGGUGUAAUUUUAAUAAAUCGCCAACUUCACCAUUAUGUCGUCCAUCCAAAUCAUUGCUACAUAAUUCUCCUUUAACUCCACCACCUCGAGUAAGUAUUUGGCCACAACCACCACCCCCACCAAGUGAUCCAACAAAAUUAACUUAUACACCCGUUACAAAUAUCAAUACUACUAACAGUAAUAAUAAUAACAAUAAUACUAAUGAUAACAAUGAAACUGAGACAAUUUAUGCACAUCAAAUUAACUUCACCAAUCAACUUGAAUUAAACUGGUAUGAACGUAGAAAAUAUGCAGCGAAAGAAUUAGAACGUGUGUGGCAUGAAUUAGAUAUUAGUACAGAGAAUGCUAAUAGUAAAAAAGGUACUUUUAGUUCCAAAGAUUUAUGCGAAGCACUAAUUAAUCAUGCAUACAGAAUUACAACAAAACGACGUGAAUGGUUAGAGAAUCCGGAUUAUGCACAUUUAAGACAAAAUCAAAAUGUAGUACAAGACAAUAAUAAUAAUAAUAAUAAUAAUAAUAAUAAUAAUAAUAAUAAUAAACACUUUGAUAAUACUUAUUCAACUGAUUCACAAAGAAAAUGGUUUAAUGAUAUGCUUAGACGUAUGCCUGGUAAAUUAGAUCAUGCAACUGUAGUUGCCUAUGAAGUUGGAGUUUAUCGUGGUAAUGAAAAUGAAGUAUAUGAAGAGACAGCUCAUCGGUUUCUAGCCGCAAAUAAUUCGAACUCUCCAACUAAUCACUCAAUUAUAACACAUUCAGAGCCAUAAUAAUAAUAAUAAUGAAGUAACUUAAGAAAAAGCACACUAUACUUGUAUAUACAAUAAGUGAUCUCAGAUAUGAGAUAUUCCCAUUUCCAUUUAUUUAUUAUUUGUUUUUUUUUUACUUAUUUUGAAAGAUAGUUCUUAAUUUCUUUUUUUGUAUAGAUAUAUAUGUACUUUCGGUGUUGUUUAUCUUCUCGUCAUAUAAAAAUAGGUUACUAUGUUGAAAGGUGGUUAUUAUUUUUUACCAAAUUAUGAGUAUUUAUAUCAUUAGUAGCUUUUAUCUAUAAAUAUGAAUAAGAUCAUACUAUAUAAUAUAAACAAAAAUACAUGUAUAUCCAUACCUUCAUUCAAUGUCUCAAUCCCGACAUAAAUCAAUGUUGUUUUUUUCUUUUCUAUAACUACGCUUAUAUAACCAGUCUACACUUUUCUCUUCAUAAAAAGAAUGAAUAUCUAUUUAAAUAAGAAUCUUAUGUUAUUUAUUUUUGUUAUGUACAGUACAUUGUAAGCUUUUAUGCUAAAUAUUUUAAAAAGAAUGAAUGAAUGAGCGAAUUAUUUAUGUAUUCUAGAUUCAUGUCUUCAAAUCUAGGCUUAUUUCGCAUAAUAUUCAUUGACCACCACUAUAUCUGUGCUCGUUUAGUACAUUG